CCCCAAUUCCAGUUCUCAUCACUCUCGCAUUCUCUUCAUCUAAAUAUCUUUUCAUCUUUCUGUAGAAUCUCUCAACAAUGGCACCAAAGGCAGCAGCAGGGAAAAAGCCAGCUGAGAAGAAGCCAGUAGAGGAGAAGAAGGCCGAGGGAGUUCCUGCUGAGAAGAAGCCCAAGGCCGGGAAGAAGCUCCCGAAGGAUGCCAGCGGCGCUGACAAGAAGAAGAAGAAGGCAAAGAAGAGCAUUGAAACCUACAAGAUCUACAUCUUCAAGGUGCUGAAGCAGGUGCAUCCAGAUAUCGGCAUUUCCAGCAAAUCAAUGGGUAUAAUGAACAGUUUCAUUAAUGAUAUAUUUGAGAAGCUUGCUCAGGAAUCAUCUAGAUUGGCUAGGAUCAACAAGAAGCCUACUAUCACUUCAAGGGAAAUCCAGACUGCUGUGAGGCUUGUGUUGCCUGGUGAAUUGGCUAAGCACGCUGUUUCUGAAGGAACCAAGGCAGUUACCAAGUUUACUAGCUCUUAGGUUUUAUGAAUUUGGGGAUCUUUUGGGUCAAUGUAAAGGCUGGUAGUUUUGGAAGUUUGAUAUGUAAUUGGCUUAAUAUGAUUACUGCAAAUGAAUCAAUGCUUAUUAUCUACCGAAA